AUGUCUAAAGCUUCACCAAGGAAAGAAAAAUUUUCAAGUUGCCUUGAGAGACGGCCAGUAGAUCCGAUAAUGAGUAUUUUGGUCUUCGUUGUAUUGACUGUGAGGCCGUUUAUUUUGCAGUAUUCUUCUAAGAUUUUUAGACUUCUGCGUAGUUUUACCUCCGUUGAAGCUACCAAGACGAUAUCAUCAGCGUACAUUAAUAGUGGGAUUUCACAACUGUCGAUGAAGAGACCCUCGGCGCCUUUCAGCUUCAGAUAUGUGACAAUAGAUAUAACAAUUUCUGGUAUUGUGCGUCCGGAGAAGAAGAUAAGGCUCUUUGCUGUUUGGAAGGUUUCACCGGUACAAGAGAACUUAAUAGUUCCGAAGCGUCCUUGGUGGGAGCGCUAUCAAACAAUUUCAUAUCAAUGGACGACGCGUUCUGGAAAUGAGACUCAGUUCCGAGAUAUGGUGACGCGCUGCAACAAAGCUGGAGUGAGGAUUUAUGUUGACGUGAUAAUAAACCACAUGUCUGCGAACCCGGAAAAUCUUCUAAAGGAAAGAAAAACUGUGAGUGGUACAGGAAAUUCGACAGCUGACUUGGGGGCUAGAAAUUACAGCGCAGUUCCGUAUAAUAAUAGCAAUUUUCAUUUACCAUGUUCGAUUGACAACUGGAAUGACCCUUUCCAAGUGAGGAAUUGUGAAUUGGUGGGACUGCAUGAUCUUGAUCAGAAAAAGGAGUAUGUUAGAGGGAAAAUUGUCGAGUUUCUUAAUAAAAUCAUCGAUGCUGGGGUCGCUGGAAUCAGGUUAGUGGACACUCAUACAAAGAGAGAACAAGAUUAG